AUGAAGAUUGCUUUCGCCCCCAUGGAGGUGCCCCUGCACCGGAGACUGCAGACAGCCGCGGUGCUGCAGUGGGUCUACUCCUUCCUCGGCCUGGCACCCACCUGCAUCCUCCUGUUCCUGUACCUGCUGUUCACCCGCUUCUGGCUGGUCAGCGUGCUGUACGCCGUCUGGUGGUUCUUCGACUACGACACCCCUGCACGUGGAGGCCGCAGGGUGUCCAUGGUGUGCGAGCUCAAAAUGUGGAAAUACAUGCGGGAUUACUUCCCCAUCAAGUUGGUGAAGACGGCUGACCUGGAUCCCAGGCACAACUACAUCCUGGGCUUCCAUCCUCAUGGCGUGCUGGUGGCAGGAGCCUUUACCAACUUCUGCACCUACACCACAGGCUUCAGGCAGCUGUUUCCCGGCCUCACCAGCUACUUGCUCAUGCUGCCCCUUUGGUUCAGAGCCCCGUUCUUCAGAGACUACAUCAUGUGUGCAGGUCUGAUUCCCUCGGACAAAAAGAGCGCCAGCUAUCCACUCAGCAAAAAAAGGGGCGGUAACGCUGUGGUGAUAGCAGUGGGUGGGGCCCCGGAGGCCCUGGAUGCCCACCCUGGGACCUACACUCUACUAUUGGCUAAAAAGAAAGGCUUCAUCAAAAUGGCGAUGGAGCACGGUGCUCAUCUGGUGCCAGUCUUCUCCUUUGGAGAAAACGAAUUGUUUGAUCAAGUGGGAAACCAAAAGGGGACCUGGCUUCGAUGGUUACAGGAGCGGCUGCAAAGAAUCAUGGGUAUCUCCCUGCCUCUCUUCCACGCACGUGGCAUUUUCCAGUACUCCUUUGGUCUCUUGCCCUACAGAAAACCCAUCAGUACAGUAGUCGGGCGGCCAAUUAGGGUGGAAAGGAAUGAGAAACCAUCGGCUGAGGAACUUGAUGCCCUCCACCAGCUGUACAUGGACGAGCUCAGCAAUCUGUUUGAGGAGCACAAAGGCAACUACGGAGUGGAUAAGGACACACAACUGAGUUUUGUCUAA